AUGUCUGGAUGCAGUAAACAAGGAGGUAAGGCUUGGGCUAAGACCAAAACUCGAGCAUGCCGGGCUGGUCUGCAAUUCCCAGUUGGUUGUGUUGACUGUAAGAAGAGCAGCUAUGCAGAGUGGAUGGAGGCCGGAGCUCCUGUGUAUCUGAUCCUCAAGCUGGCUGGCAACGGUGCCCGCGACAAGGAGACUGGUGUCAUCCCCUGA